AUGGCGCACGAACACGAGGACCUCGUCGUCGGUCGCGAUGCCGCCGUUGCUGGUGAAGGCGAUCGCGACGAGACCGCGUCGCAGGAUGAUGCGGCGCUGUUGCGAACAAUGGGAUACAAACCGGUGCUGCACCGGACAUACACAUUGUUUGAGAACUUCGCCACAACCUUUGCGGCACUGUACUUCGUUGGCGGAGUGCGCGUGACCUUCAGCACUGGUAUCGCCGCUGGUGGAAACUUGGCCUACUGGACCAGUUACCUCGUCACCAUGGUUUUCACCUUCAUUACUGCCGCAGUCAUUGCCGAGGUGUGCUCUGCAUCCCCAUCCGCCGGCUCCAUUUACCUUUGGGCCGCCGAAGCCGGUGGCCCUCGAUUUGGCCGAUUGAUGGGCUUCGUCGUGGCCUGGUGGAGUACCACGGCCUGGACGACCUUCUGCGCAAGCAACACCCAAUCCGCCGUCAACUAUAUGCUCGCUGAGCUUACCGUCUUUGACGUGGACUUCCCCAAGGAUACUGACGAUGUCAAGUUCCGUGCCGUCCAGUGGAUUUGCACUGAGGUUUUACUGGCCCUGGCUGCUUUACUAAACUUCAUGCCGCCUCGCUACUUCAAGGCCGUCUUCUGGCUCUCGGCCGGUGUCGUCAUGCUUGACUUUUUCCUCAACCUCAUUUGGCUCCCCAUUGGUACUGCUCAGACCUGGGGUUUCCGUACCACUCACGAGGCUUUCAUGACAACUUACAACGGUACCGGUGCUCCGGCUGGCUGGAACUGGUGUCUGUCCUACCUGGCCACUGCCGGUAUUCUGAUCGGAUUCGAUGCCUCUGGCCAUGUUGCCGAAGAGACCAAGAAUGCUUCGAUCACUGCUGCUCGUGGUAUCUUCUGGAGUACUGUCGCCAGUGGAUUUGGUGGUCUUGCAACGAUCAUUUUGUUCCUGUUCUGCGCGCCUGAUCCCGAUACGCUGUUUAGCUUCGGUUCUCCUCAGCCAUUCGUCCCGCUUUACGAUGUCGUUCUUGGCAGGGGCGGUCAUAUCCCUAUGAACGUCGUCUGCGUCGUUGCCCUGUGGCUUAACACUGCGAUCGCCAUCAUUGCCGCGUCUCGCCUGGUCUUUGCUGUCGCCCGUGAUGGUGUGCUCCCCUUCUCCAGCUGGGUCUCCAAAGUGCACAACGGUCAACCCCGGAACGCCGUCAUCGUCGUCUGGGGCGUUGCCGCACUCAUUACCUGCACCAUCCUCCCAUCGAACGUGGCUUUCACUUCUCUCGUCUCCGCAGCCGGUGUUCCGAGCGCGGCUGCCUAUGGCCUCAUCUGUCUCGGCCGGCUGUUGUGCACUCCGAAGCGCUUCCCCAAGCCUGCGUGGAGUCUUGGUCGGUGGAGCAAGCCGUUCCAGGUCAUCGGUGUGCUCUGGAAUGGAUGGGUUGUGGCUAUUCUGUUCUCUCCCUAUGCCUGGCCGGUAACUGGCGAGAACUUAAACUAUGCGCCCAUCAUUAUGGUUGGCGUAACCAUCUUCGCUCUGAUCUCUUACUUUAUCAUGCCCGAGAGUGCCUGGCUUCCCAGCGACCGCAUCUCGCAUUUUAUUGACACCAAGGGUGCGGUUGAAACGGUGGAGGAAGUCUCCCCUCCUGCCUACAGCCACGGUGAGACUAGUGAGGACCAACGAUGA